AAAACUUUAAAGAUGAAUACCUUUAUGCACCCGACACUCCCAAUAGCCAAUAUUUUCCUAUGGUUCGCUGUGGUAUUUGGAGUUUUGCUAGCCGUUGCAGCAUGUGGAUGCGUGUUCAUAAUUCUCGUAGAGCCGUGUGUUCAACGACGCCGAUAUUCGAGGGCUGCCAGAGUUGCGGCCCGUUUCAACUCGGAAAACGAUACAGCCGUUUUGCUGUCGACGCGUCGAGAUAGUAACUACCCAUAAUGAAAUGGUAAGUUUUGCACUUUUAUGUCUUGAUUACAUCUUUUUCAUGUUUUCAUGCAGUUCACUUCACCUGAUCUUCUGCAACAUCGAAAGAGGAGAAAGGGAUCAAAACUUUUACCUUUGAUGGACUGAAAAUCAUUGAAUUUUAGAACGAAACUUCUCAUAAAACUUUCAUAUGCCAGUUCGCAAUUUUGAAUAUAACCUGAAAUUCGUCUUCAAAAAAUGUUACCAAUUCAUAAGUAAUUGUUCAAACUUAUUUUGUAAAUUCAACUUUAAUUGAUAGGUAAUCAAUAGUUAUUCAGCAUACAAUUUUUUUAGAACUCUCUUAUUAUGAAACUCCCUAAAAAUUAUAAAAAAUGUAUUAUUUCUAGGAUUCUAGAGGCUUUUUUUUUGUUAAAUUUUGCAACAAUUUUCAAAUGUUUUUUAUCAGAAUUUUUAUUUGUUUUUUUUUUGUAAUUUGUUUGAAAAUGUUGUAAGCCAAAUCGAAAAGUAUUAAAAACAGACUAUCCAGUUUUCCGAACAGCGGAAAGACCUAAUCUAACUUUUUUUUUUGCAAAUUUGAAUAAAAAUAUUUU